UGCCUUUCACUUUCUUCUUCGCAGCUUUCUGCUUUCUGUCUUUUUGGGAGUAUUCCAUGCAAAUGAACAAGUAGAUACCGAGAUUUUGUGAUUUUUAUUUUGGGACUCUCCGGCGACUCACGUCCCCGUUCGGUGGAAUGAAUCAACUCACCGUCAUCAAGACCAUCAAUUCUCGCCGGAGAAGGUUGAAAAUCCGGCGACUCAAGUAUACUUGUCAAACAAAGACGCAUCUCACUAUAGCCGGUGGGCAGAAGAAAGAAUCUAGUGACUCUGUUCAUAAAGCAAAAGCAAGUGAUCGUUCGGCGGAGAUAUCUUUAUCAUUAACAUCCUCUUCAGAUGACGCUUCAUCUAAAAAGGAAGUCGUCAUGUCUAGUUUCGAAGAAAAUGAAUUCGAGAAAAGCGACGAUUUGCAGGGUCUUAUGCGGAUAUCAUAUGGAUCGGUUUCUGUAAUAGGUAGAAGGAGAGAGAUGGAGGACGCUGUCAGAGUAGAAUUAGGUUUUACGGCCAAAGGAGGCGAAAAGUAUGACUUUUUUGGUGUUUAUGACGGCCACGGUGGUGCUCGUGUGGCAGAGGCUUGCAGGGAGAGGUUGCACAGAGUGCUUGAGGAAGAAAUAGUUGAAGGUAAGGAAGGAUUGGGAAUAGAGUGGAACAAGGUGAUGGAAGGGUGUUUUCGGAGGAUGGAUGAGGAAGUAGAGAAAGAUAGGAUGGUCGGGUCGACGGCGGUGGUGGCGGUGGUCAGCAAAGAUGAGGUUGUGGUGGCUAAUUGUGGGGAUUCUAGAGCUGUGCUUUGUAGGGCCGGUGUAGCCGUGCCGCUGUCUAUUGAUCAUAAGCCUGACAGACCCGAUGAAUUGGAGAGAGUUGAAGCUGCUGGUGGAAGAAUUAUCAACUGGAAUGGUCACCGUGUUCUAGGAGUUCUUGCCACUUCCAGAUCUAUAGGUGAUCAGUAUCUGAAACCGUUUGUAAUAUGCGAACCUGAAGUCACUGUGAAUAAACGAACCAAAGUUGAUGAGUUCUUGAUACUAGCGAGCGAUGGGUUAUGGGAUGUGAUUUCCAAUGAAGUGGCAUGCCAGAUUGUGAGGAGAUGUUUAAGAGGCCGGAUGAGAAGGAAGAUAUCCCAAGAGGUAUUGAGUGAAGGCCGUGCAGCUGAGGCUGCAGCAGUGCUAGUGGAGCUAGCAGUUACUCGGGGUAGCAAAGAUAAUAUUAGCGUGGUGGUGGUUGAGCUUAAUAAACUUGGCAGCAUUUCUUAAGUUAUACCUGAUCUCUGGUAGCAGUACUUGCGAGGCUUAAACUUACCAUCAUGAUGAAGAAAGUGAAAAGUUUGAUGAUCAUUUGGGUGGUGUCAUCACUCAUCACUUCUUGUAAAUGGUUGAACGGUAGAAUUCUUUUUUCAAGUCCUUCCAAGAUCUGUAACGAUCAUAAUGAGGUCAUGGCCUUUUUUUUAGUAGCAGUUUUUUUUUCCGGUCAAUAUUCUACGCUUACGGUUCAUCAACUUUCAUGGUGGUGUUAACUCAAAUUUUGUUUGUAUCUUCUCUGUGGAGUACUCCCUUCGUCCCCUCCCUCGUGAGAGUAAACAAUUCCCGAUAACUUGUGUAAACCCUGGAACAUAAGAAAUAAUAGUAUGUAAAUAAUAUGCUCAUUUAAUAGAAAAUUAUUUUAUGUUAAA